UGAAAGGGUACCGCGCCUGCGCUCAACUUCAUGGCGGCUCGCCUGACUAUCUAGGAAAAUAUAAACACGUUUUUAAAGCGUUAUUGUUGGUCGGUGUCGUAUAUUUGUCUAUAACGCUAAAAAUGGCUUCGACUGCUGCUGGAAAACAGAGAAUACCGAAGGUUGCUAAGGUGAAAAACAAAGCACCAGCAGAAGUACAGAUAACAGCAGAGCAGCUAUUGAGGGAAGCUAAGGAAAGAGAACUUGAGCUACUGCCUCCUCCCCCAAAGCAGAAGAUAACAGAUGAAGAAGAAUUAAACGAUUACAAGCUGAGAAAAAGAAAAGGAUUUGAAGAUAAUAUCCGAAAAAAUCGUACAGUUAUUAGUAAUUGGAUAAAGUAUGCACAAUGGGAGGAAAGCUUGAAAGAAGUACAAAGGGCACGUUCAAUUUACGAACGUGCAUUAGAUGUAGAUCACAGAAAUGUUGCUCUUUGGCUCAAGUAUGCAGAGAUGGAAAUGAAGAAUCGACAGGUGAACCAUGCCAGAAAUAUUUGGGACAGAGCUAUCACUAUCCUCCCUCGGGUCAACCAGUUUUGGUACAAGUAUACAUAUAUGGAAGAAAUGUUGGGAAAUGUUGCUGGUUGUCGCCAGGUGUUUGAGCGAUGGAUGGAAUGGCAGCCAGAUGAACAGGCCUGGCACUCCUACAUCAAUUUUGAAUUAAGAUACAAAGAAGUGGAAAAAGCCCGCAAUAUUUACGAGAAAUUUGUAUUUGUACACCCGGAGGUGAAAAACUGGAUUAAAUAUGCUCGUUUUGAAGAUAAACAUGGAUAUAUUGCUCAUGCUAGGAAAGUGUUUGAAAGAGCAGUGGAAUUCUUUGGGGAGGAAUAUAUGGAUGAACAACUGUUUGUGGCAUUUGCAAAGUUUGAGGAAAAACAAAAGGAGUCUGAAAGAGUCAGAGUAAUCUACAAAUAUGCUUUGGACAAGAUUCCUAAACAACAAGCUCAGGAGCUCUUCAAGAACUAUACAAUAUUUGAGAAGAAAUUUGGCGACAGGAGGGGAAUUGAAGAUGUAAUAGUUAGCAAGAGACGCUUUCAGUAUGAAGAGGAAGUUAAGGCAAAUCCUCACAAUUAUGAUGCCUGGUUUGAUUACUUGAGACUUGUUGAAAGUGAUACAGAUUCAGACACUGUUCGAGAAGUCUAUGAGAGAGCUAUUGCGAAUGUCCCACCUAUCUCGGAGAAGAGGCAUUGGAAAAGAUACAUUUAUCUGUGGGUUAACUAUGCACUUUAUGAAGAACUAGAAGCCAAGGAUUCAGAACGAACAAGGCAAGUUUACCAGGCAUGUCUAGAACUAAUUCCACAUAAAAAGUUUACCUUUGCUAAGCUGUGGCUACUAUAUGCACAGUUUGAGAUCAGACAGAAAAAUCUUCCAUUUGCCAGAAAAGCACUGGGUACAUCAAUAGGCAAAUGUCCAAAAAACAAACUCUUCAAAGGAUACAUUGAAUUAGAACUGCAGCUGAGAGAAUUUGAACGCUGCAGAAAGCUUUAUGAGAAAUACCUAGAAUUUGCUCCUGAAAACUGUACAACAUGGAUUAAGUUUGCUGAGCUGGAGACUAUCUUGGGAGACACUGAUAGAGCACGUGCCAUAUAUGAACUUGCCAUAAACCAGCCACGUCUUGAUAUGCCAGAGGUUUUGUGGAAGUCAUAUAUUGAUUUUGAAAUAGAACAAGAAGAAUAUGAAAAGACCAGGGAACUUUAUAGAAGAUUGCUUCAGCGUACACAACAUGUCAAAGUUUGGAUUAGCUAUGCUCAGUUUGAACUGUCUGUGGAAAGUGGGGAGCGCUUGAUGAAAUGCCGGCAGAUUUAUGAAGAAGCUAACAAGGCUCUGCGUAACUGUGAAGAAAAGGAAGAGAGACUUUUAUUGCUGGAAUCUUGGAGAGACUUUGAAUCAGAAUUCGGUACUGAGGCAACAAAAGACAGAGUAAGGAAGCUGAUUCCAGAGAAAGUCAAGAAAAGAAGAAAGCUGCAAGCCGAGGAUGGCUCAGAUGCUGGCUGGGAAGAGUAUUAUGAUUACAUUUUCCCUGAAGACGCUGCCAACCAGCCUCAUCUCAAACUGCUUGCAAUGGCUAAAAUGUGGAAAAAACAGCAACAGACCAGCCCUGCUGAUGAAGACAAUGAUGAUAGUGCUGAAGCUGAAAGUGCAUCUUAGCAAAGUGCUUAUCCUGUCAAAUAUUUUAUUUUUUAAUGUAAAAAGUAAUAAAUUGUUUUCAUUAUGGUCAAA